AUGGCAGACAACAUGGAAAUCGACUCAGAAACCUUUGACCGAGCAAUGAAUCUGAAUGACCAAGAGGAGGAUAAAGAAGAUCAACGUCCUUAUGGUGGUGACUCGUCCGACGACGAGAUGUUGAACGAUGACUCAAUGGGAGAGGACGACAUGAGUCACGACGGGAGGCAAAGAGGUGGCCGUUCAACAGCCCCUUCCCCCACCAACGAACUCUCUCAACCAAGCUUCAACAACCCUCAUUCCACAUACACACAAGGCCCAUCUGUAACGCUUCUCUUCUCCUCCAACGAGACUGGAUACACUUCUCGACACGACGCACAAGUCCAAUCUUUGACACUUUUCCGAUCUACACCGUCCGAGCCUGUCGAGGAGGAGACGAGCGUCAUGGACAGGUACUACAGCUUCAACGACUAUGAUGUGGGUCAGACCAUAUCAGUUCACGAUGCGAUAGGAUCACAGCUUCAACCGGCUACAGAGGGGAAAGCUAGCGAUUUAGCAAGAAUGGUUGAGAGCGCUUUGAUUAGCCUCAGAGGACAGAGCUUGGUGGAUGAUGUGACCUUGGAUAUGAGGGGCGGAGCUGGUCAGUAG